CCUCUCCUGUGCGACACAUUCGCAACUGAAACCAAUCCCGACUCCGGCGUCUUGUAGAAAACACGGAAGUGUGCUGUUAGCUCGUGUCUGAAGUUGCAAAAUACUUGUCACAAUCCUCUGUAAAGUUUUUUUUAAUGACCAGAGUCGAUUAGUUAAAAGAAGUGGAUUUGGAGUAAAAACCAUCAAAUCAUGCAGUCCAAGGGGCAGGCUGGUUUAGAACUUCGGGAGCGAACCCGGGAGGGUACUGAAAAUGGCAGUGAGACCCCCUUACUCCACUCAACGAGCGUCUUUCAGUCAUAUGAUUAUGUUUUGGUUGGCAAACUUUUUGAUGACAAGGAAAGUGAGGCAUUCAAGAAGCAAGAGAAUUUCCUUGCAGAAUUAAAGAAGAAGAAUUUCAAAAUAAAAACCAUUGUAGAUGAUGAUAAUGUUUUCCAUGGGUUCCGAGCACCAAAGAAGAUUUUUGACAAGUACAGGUACUUGCUGAAGGUGUCAGAUGCCUGCAACUGGAGCUGUGAGCAGAAGGACACUGCCCCUUUGUCCACAAGGAUAAGGAUAGUCCACUUUGUCCUGAACAACACCUGCAUUAGCUCUGGAGAGAACCUGAGAGACCUCUUGACAAAGAAAGUGUUUGAAACCAGUUUCUGCCUGCAUGAGAAAAAACAACAGAAGUUGUUGAGGAAGCGUUGGGCCCGUUGGACAGCGUGUUUCCAGGGACAGCCCAUAGACGAUGUCAGGAAGUACUUUGGUGAGAAGGUGGCACUGUAUUACCUGUGGCUGGGCUGGUACACCUAUCUGCUGAUCCCCCCGGCCAUCUUAGGGCUCAUUGUUUUCCUUUAUGGCUUGGCUUUCUUUAACACCAGUCCCCUGAUCAAGGAGGUCUGUGAGGCUGACACUAUCAUGUGCCCCCUGUGUGACAAAAUAUGCAAGGUGUGGAAUCUCUCAGACACGUGCAUGUAUGCCAAGGUGAAUCUUCUGUUUGACAAUGAGGGGACUGUAGCUUUUGCAAUGUUUAUGGCUGUGUGGGCCACUGUGUUUUUAGAGUUCUGGAAGAGGCACAGAGCAACGUAUGUUUGCCGGUGGAAAAUUUAUGACUGGUGUGAGGAUGAGGAGGAACUGAUUUUGGACAUUGUGAAUGAUCCAGACUGUGAACCAAAAGUGUACAGCCACUCCUACCUGCACAGCACUCUGGUCCUCAUUUUGGUCACACUCAUGCUGGUGCUGAUCAUUGGACUGACUCAUGCGCUGGUGGUGUUUCGUGUGGUCGCCACUGUGCUGUUCUCUGAGGGGAAAUGGGAGUUCCUGACUGAGCACGCUAACAUGGCCGCUGUCAUGAUGGGUGCUGUUCUACAUUACCUCACCAUCACCAUCAUGACCCGGGUCAACAGAAAAGUGGCCUUAAAGCUGUGUGAUAUAGAGAAAACUCGCUCCUUAGCCGCCACAGAGCGAAGCUUUACUGUGAAGAUGUUCACCUUCCAGUUUUUCACCCUCUUCUCCUCCCUGAUCUAUGUGGCCUUCUUUCUUGGCAGGAUGAAUGGUCACCCUGGUGGCUAUGUCCGGAUUGCAGGGAAGUGGAGACUAGAGGAAUGCCAUCCCAGUGGCUGCCUCACUGACCUCUUCAUCCAGAUGGCUGUUAUCCUGGUGCUCAAACAGUCUAUCAAUAACGUCUUCGAGUUUGCAGUGCCCUGGUUUUUCAGUUGGAUGAAGAAGAAAUCAAAUAAUCUGCAGAGGAAGUGUGGCUACUGCUAUCGGAAGAACUGCAAGGGUACAGAGGACGGUUCAGAGCUGUGUGACAACUGCAAGCUCCAGAACUGGACCCGCAACUACAAUUUGAGGGAAGUCGAUGCCUUCAGUCUCUUUAAUGAGUUCCUGGAAAUGGUUAUCCAGUUCAGCUUCACCACCAUCUUUGUGGCGGCCUUUCCCCUGGCCCCACUGCUGGCCCUCCUCAACAACAUCUUUGAGAUCCGAUUGGACGCCAUAAAGAUGGUCAGCCUUGAGCGCCGCAUGGUGCCAAAGAAGAGUAAUGACAUUGGCGUAUGGACCAAAGUGCUGGAGAUGAUUGGCGUGCUGGCAGUCAUUGCCAAUGGGCUGGUCAUUGGUGUCUCCUCUGACUUUAUACCUCGCCUGGUGUACCGCUAUCGUUAUGGGCCCUGUGCCAAAGAUCCUGAGACCACUCUGCCCUGCAUGACUGGUUACAUCAAUAAUACCCUGUCAACUGUGCAAGUAACAGACAAGCGUGUCAGCAAGGACUUUGUCCCUGCACAGCUGGUCAUCCCCAGUGGCCACAACGUCACCCAAUGCAGUUAUAAAGACUAUAGAAGCAUGGAAGACUAUGGGUUUACAGCACAGUUCUGGCUCAUUCUGGCAGUGCGGUUCGCCUUUGUCAUUCUGUUUGAGCAUGUUGUGGUCAUCUGCAAAUUCAUUGCAGCUUGGUUUGUCCCAGACUGCCCCUUGAAAGUCAAGAAUGACAGACUACAUGACAAGCUUACCAGAUUAAAAGAGGAGCUCAGAGAGAAGAGCAACAGAUUUGACAGGUCAACUGAUGUGUGACAUCAGGAAGGUUGGAACCAAGAAUAUAAAUAAUAACAGGGACAUGAAAACAACAAAAACUGUCCCUUGGAACUUGCACAUGCUCAAACCUUCAGUGUGUGGAAGAAAUAUACAGUAAUUUAACAUGCUAAACCAAAAUCUUAACGUGACUUGAGAGCAAUGGGGUGUGAGAAAGCAUCUUGUGGAAUCAUCACUGACCAGCAGGAAGGAAUGGAGCUGCCGCACCAAGGGAAAAAAGCCUUCACUUUCUGUUCCAGCAUCUUAACUGCUAUACCAUUAUUCCUGUUGUAUUAUUUACUGCAAAACUGGUAGGAUAAGGAAUGCCUAAUGUGGUGUUUUAAAAAUACUCAGGAGCGUGGAAUUAAAUGUGUUCCAGGUCUCAUGUGAUUGGUGGGGUCAUUGAAAACAGAACUAGAUUAUUUGUGGUCUAUUAGGAGCAAUCUGAGCCAGCCAAAACAUCAUUGUUUAGGUACUGAUGUUGGCCUGUGUUAAUGUGUGGGACUCGGCCAUUGAAAAAAUUUGUUAUGCAGUUGCAUAGGUAUUUGAUUAAUUUUAACUGUCAGCAUAUGCUUAUUCUGUCAUUUUUAUUUGCCUUCAUUUUAUAUCCACACAGGCUCUUUUCAAAUGCCCUAAUCUUCCUUUGUGCCGGAACAUAUUUUCAAAUUGUUCAUAAACAAUUUCAGCAUUUUUUCCUUUUGCAUCAACAACUGUUUCUUGACAUUAAUCAGCUGAUGAAGAAAUAAAAAAUUUGAACUGUUGCUUUAAAAUAUUGUCAACUGAAUUGUGAAAGGUGUGAAAUGUAAUGUUAUACCAGCAAAUUAUAGAUUUUUUUUUACUGUACACAACUAGGUGCAGAUCUCUUUGUGAUAAAAUCAUUCUGUAAAUUCAUACUACACAGUAACAGACUUAAACAUGAUGUAUAGCUACCAGGGACCUGCCUCUGUCUUGAACCUUUGGCAUAUAUGUGGGUUAUUGAACAAGGUGUGGAUGUCUCUGGGGAUUGCCCAAAAUAAUAUGGGGAUAUGCAGGGGAGUUAGUGUUGAGCACCGCUGCAACAGUCCCUUUGUCCUUUGUGUAUGAGUGUGCUUGUAAGUGUUUUGCAAGCACAUUCCUUUUACAUAUUCCAAACAACAGAGAAGAUUUUAGUCCCAUAUAUGGAUUCCUCUGAACAAUACAGGUGUCUCACUUCUUGAAACUGAAGUUUGUAUAUUAGUAUUUGUGACAAUGAUUACUUUUUUUCUUCCAUGAAAUUCUUACUGCAUCCAUCAAUCCUAGAUGAUAAUUUGGUUGUCUUUAGCAAGACAUUACUUUUUUCUGUUAGAUGUGUUUGUGUCGCACCUGUGUGGAAUAUGUGGGCUUGCUUUCUGUAUGUUUUUUGUUCAAAUCGCAGAGCAGUGAAUGCAAAUGUUGGCAGCUAUUCUUUAGACAUAGUAGUAAAUUUGUGCAAUUCUCCCAGGAGGGCCUUGAAAAUUGCAAUCUUAAAGAUAGGAAACAAGGUGUACAGUGAUGGUUUACCAGAAGGUGGCACUAUACAAGCAGGCAUUUUAUAACCAUUUGUUUGGCUAGCUUUUUAUUGGGUGCCAUGUUGAAACCAGCAGAUUCAACGAGAGUGAUGACUUUCUUAAUCUCUGACAAGAUGUGUGAUUUAGAGGAAAAACAACAAGAUGCUGGAUUAUUGGCACGUUCCUGUCCAAGUCAAACCUCAGCAUGCUGCACAAAUAUUUUCCAAGGGAGGAGUGUGUAAGCUUGUUUCAUUCAGCCAUCAUUUUAAGUGAUUAUAUAUCUGAAAAUAGCAUUCAUGAAAUUAAGGCUUAUGAGCAAAGUAAAAAGAGUGCAACUUGGCAGUAUACUUUACAGAAAUAUUUUCAAAAAGAAAUGAUUUACUUUUGUACACAUGCACCUAUUUUAAAAUAUUUUGAAAUGAUUUGUUACAUUUAAACUUCAGAGGUAACUGCCUCCACUCCCUUUUCAACUGCAUCUUUAAAAGAAUGUUGGUAGUGGGUAAUGCAAGAUGAGAUAAUCAAAUAAAUUUAUUUGACUCCAGCA